AUGACGCUGGCGGUGCGGCGCCGUGCGGUGUGCGCCCUGGCGCUCCUCGCGCUGCUCUGCGGCCCCGUCUGCGGGGCGACGAAGGAGGAGGCCGCGACUAAUGUGAAAGUGUCGGUGGAGGUGUCGUGCCCGAACGCUGAGAAAAAGUUGGGUUGGCGCGUUGCCGGCGACACAAGUUGGACGCAGUGCCCGCAAACGGUGGAGGAGUCUCUGCUUCCGACGGCAAUAACUGCCGCUGCGAGCGGCGAUGACGGGGGCCCCACCUGCAUUUGGGCCCACUCGCUGUACCUCGCCAGCCGCCCUAAUUCGAAGUGCACUCCGCCUUCACCAGCAAAGAGCAGCAAUGUUGUUGCGCUCACAAUGAAGUGUGUGCCGGUGCCAAACAGUGCACUGCACAAUCUGUCGAAGAGCAAAACUAUCACCGCCACUGCAGCAGAGACUGCGCUCAGCGCGCCAGGCGAUUGUGUGUUACUAACCACCACUCCCAGCGGAGCUGAAGUAACGCCUGAACGCCCCGCCCCAGGUGUACCAUCGCCGCCACAACAACAACCGGCUGAUGCAGCAGCAGCGUCACCUGCAGCGCAAACCUCGCAAGGGGACCCUACGAGGAAUGAAGGCACCACUCCUCCUGCAGAAGGGCCAGGAAGUGCGGCGGAACGCGGAAGUCGUGGACCAUCGGCAGGAGACCCUCGGGAAACUACAACGCCAUCGGUUGACACUGCGGCUUCUCCAAGUGCCGCAGCAGGCAGGACGGCGGAUGGAACCACCACCACGACGACCACCACCCGCAGCCAGAGUGCCGGGAGCCACGCGAAAAGCAGCGCAGACGGCAGUGCCACCUCCACUCCGUUUGUGCGUGCACCUCUGCUGCUGCUGCUCACGGCUGCCCUUGCCUGUGCUGCUGCGUAG